GGCGAGGUAAGGAAUGGUGGGACAGGCCAGCCCAAGAGCGACAGUGGGAUUCAAGAAGGCAGACUUGAGUAAACUCAGGGAGUUGGUAGGCUAGAGCCCAUGGGAAGCGAGUCUAGGGGGAAGGUAGCUCUAGAGAGUUGGUAGUUUUUCUGGGUGACACUUUCGGGCACGGGAGAGACAGGCAGUCUGGCCAGAGACCACCCAGGAGAGCUCAUUGAUCUGAAAUUCAAGAUUUGAGUCCUGUGAAAAGCGGGGAGUAGGUCACACGACGGAGGAUGACUAAACACGUAACUGAAGCAUGCAGGGACGAGUGCUUGGCCGGGCUGGGCCGGGCCUGGUGGACGUGGUAUGCCGACACUGGCUCUGUGGGGGUGGGAGGUGGCCGUGCCAGGCACAGGGCUAACCAAGGGCUCCUCUCUACGCCUGCGCAGCUGCCGGUGGUGUCUGUGGUGAGAGACGUCGAGUCCCAGCUCCUGCCCAACGUGGGGGCCAUUGUGACGUGCAAGGUGUGCAGCAUUAACUCCCGCUUUGCCAAGGUGCGCAUCCUCUACAUCGGCUCCACGCCGCUGAAAUCCACCUUCCGAGGUACCAUACGGAGAGAAGACAGUACAAGGUCAGUCGGCUGCUGCCUGCUUGUUUCUGCCCAGCGCUUGGCUGCCACCCUCUUCCCUGCACAUGCGGUGGAAGUUUACAAGAGUUUCCGUCCUGGGGACAUAGUCCUGGCUAAAGUGAUCUCCCUGGGGGACAUGCAGUCCAACUACCUGCUGAGCACUGCUGAGAAUGAGCUGGGCGUGGUAGUGGCUCACAGCGAAGCAGUGGCACAGAUGGUGCCAAUCAGCUGGUGCGAGAUGCAGUGCCCCAAGACUCACUCCAAGGAGCUCCGCAAGGUGGCCCGUGUGCAGCCGGAGUUCCUGCAGACCUAGUGGCCCCUGUGCUGCCAGAACCUGCACCUGCUGGAGCAGCCACUGGACUUUGAAUUGCCUGGGGGUUAGUGGGGUGUGAGAGGAGAGCAGGGUCCUCUAAGUCCUGACCUGGGCCCUGUUCUCAAGCUAGGCUUUUAAACUGCUGAGCCAGGAACAAUAAAUGUUUUCCCAUGAGA